AUGGGAUCUGUUUCUUUGAAAAUAGGUGAUGGAACAGCAAGAUUUAAGAGGGCUUCAAUUUGUUCUUCUGCAGUGAAUUUACUGAUGCUGUUUUCGGUAAUCACAACAAAUCUUUUUGCUUUGUAUGCUUUCACAUACACUCCGAGGGAUCAUCCGCAGCUGGGUCAUUUGGUUCACCAUACUCCAAAGAACAUUUCUUUAAUCUCUGAACAAGUGGCAUUGAUUCUCAGCGAGAUUGAAUCUUCCCAAAAGAAGCUGGCCCAGAUGGAGAAAGAGAUUUUAGGUUAUGAAAGCAUCGAUCUUGGCAGACCUAACCUUGCAAACGAGCUGAAAGUCUUCCUGCAGCACCAUUUGCUUCCGUUAGGGAAGGAUUCAAGAACAGGGAUCACUGAGAUGGUGGCAUCCGUGGGCCAUUCUUGUGAGAAAUCAGUGGAUUUGCUGUCUCAGUACAUGAAUUACAAGAUCAAUGGUCCUUGUCCUGAUGACUGGAGUCUUGGGCAGAAGCUGAUCUUGAGUGGAUGCGAGCCUUUGUCAAGGAGAAGGUGUUUUGCCAAAGCAAUUCCUAAGGUUGGUUUGGAAUCUUUUCCUGUUUCUCUUUGGAAAAAUGUUAGUGAAAAGAUUUAUAGUUGGAGUGGACUUGGUUGCAAGAAUUUAGCUUGUUUGAAUAGCAAGAAGUUGAAUAGGGACUGCGCUGGUUGUUUUGAAAUCACAAAGGGAUAUGAGACUCAAAAAUAUGUUAAAGUUCGUAGCAAAAAUGAUUUCCUUAUUGAUGAUGUCUUGGCUAUGGGGAGUAAUGGUGGGAUUAGAAUUGGAUUUGAUAUCGGUGGUGGCUCUGGGACUUUUGCUGCUAGAAUGGCUGAGAGGAAUGUAACUGUAGUGACUGCCACUUUGAAUGUUGAUGCACCCUUCAACGAAUUCAUUGCUGCAAGAGGGCUGUUUCCUUUAUACUUGAGUUUAGAUCACAGAUUUCCAUUUUAUGAUAACACGUUUGAUUUGGUUCAUGCUGCUAAUGGGUUGGACGUUGGGGGGCGCUCUGAAAAAUUGGAGUUUCUGUUGUUUGACAUUGAUAGAGUACUGAGAGCUGGCGGAUUGCUGUGGUUGGACAACUUUUAUUGCUCCAAUGAUGACAAGAAAAGAGUCCUAACUCGGUUAAUCGAGCAAUUCAGGUAUAAAAAGUUAAAAUGGGUUGUGGGGGAGAAGAUCAAUGGAGCAGGAAAAUCAGAAGCUUACCUCUCCGCUGUUCUACAGAAACCAGUAAGAGUAUAA